GCUGACAGGAUCUAACAUCUACACUGGGACAGGAUCUGCAGACAUGGCAAGAUCGCUGACAGGAUCCAGCAUCUACACGGAGAGGUCACUGAUAGGAUCUGCAGACACAAUGAGAUCAUGGACAGGAUCUACACAGACAGGAUCUGCAGACACAGGGAGAUCGCUGACAGGAUCUAGGACCUACACUGAGACAAGAUCUGAGAGGUCACUGGCAGGAUCUACAUUGAGAGAGGAUCUGCAGACACAGGGGGAGCGCUGACGCGGCUUCGAAAUUGUGACUCGGUGUCGGGUAGGGAGCCGGUAAAAAUGACCCAAGUGGAACAGGACAACGGCAAAGAGAAAGAGAAGGAAAAAGAAAAGGAACAGCGGGGGGUGAAGCGUCCGAUAGUCCCCGCUGCCAUCCCGGAAUCAGUCCUCGAGCCAAUUCAGAGUAACUUCAUUGUGGUUAUUCAUCCUGGUUCAUCUACUCUAAGGAUUGGACGAGCUGCAGAUACGCUUCCUGUUUGUGUACCUCAUAUUAUCGCCCGAAGACAUAAACAACAAGGACAGCCUCACUAUGAGGAUCCAUGGCUACAUAGGGAUGGUCUCAAUAAACCAGAAAGUAAUGAGCAAAGACAGAAUGGCCUUAAAAUGGUAGAUCAAGCUAUAUGGUCCAAAAAGAUGUCAAAUGGUGCGAGGCGAAUACCAGCUCCUCCAGAUCAGGUGAGGGCAUAUAACAAACAGAUGAGGCCAGCAGUCUUGGACAACAAUUCAGGGGUCAAAUGGACAAACACGUCACAUCAACCUGAGUUUCUUGUAGGAGAAGAGGCAUUGUAUGUAAACCCAUCAGAUUGCUACAAUGUACAUUGGCCAAUUCGCAGAGGUCAGUUUAACCUUCACGAAGGACCUGGAGGCUCUCUCACUGCAGUACUGGCUGAUCUGGAAACUAUUUGGACAUACGCCAUUCAGAAGUUCCUUGAAAUACCUCGUAAAGAUUUAAAGUAUUACAGGUGUAUUCUGCUAAUCCCAGAUAUCUACAACAGACAACAUGUUAAAGAAUUGAUAAACCUACUUUUGAACAAUAUAGGAUUCUCAGGUGUUGUUGUUCAUCAGGAAUCCAUCUGUGCUACAUUUGGAAGUGGUUUAAGUAGUGCCUGUGUUGUAGAUGUGGGAGAACAGAAGACUAGUGUAUGUUGUGUAGAAGAUGGAGUAUCACAUCGUAAUACCAGAUUGCGUUUAGCCUAUGGAGGAUCUGAUGUGACCAGGUGUUUCUUCUGGCUUAUGCAGCGGUCUGGUUUCCCUUAUAGAGAUUGUCAACUAAUUAAUCGAAUGGAUUGUCUGCUUCUUCAGCAUCUUAAAGAGACGUUCUGUCAUCUAGACCAGGAUAUCUCUGGAAUUCAGGAUCAUGAAUUCAAGGUCCGUCAACCAGACUCUCCAGCAUUAUUAUACCAGUUGCGACAAGGAGAUGAAAAGCUACAGGCACCAAUGGCAUUGUUUUAUCCAGCUACUUUUGGAAUUGUGGGACAGAAGAUAACUUCACUGCAAUACAGAUCACAAGGUGAUUCAGAGGAUCCACAUGAUGAACAUUAUCUAGUGGCAACCCAGAGUAAACAGGAGCAGGCUGCCAAAGCUAUUGCCGAGAGGAAAGCUCUGGCUAAGUUUGCUGGAUUUGAAGUAGAGUCAAGCACUCAGAAUACAGAUAGUGCAGAGAAGAGUCAUUCUCAUGAACUAGAACUUGGAACUUCCCAACAUGAUUGUCUACUAGGAGCAAAUGAUUCGGAGGAUCUGCCAGCAACUCUGAUGGCCAGAAAAACAACCAUGUCACAGUUUGAAGGAAAGGCUUUGGGGCUUGAUAAGUCAAUACUGCAUAGUAUUGAUUGCUGUGGAUCUGACGAAACAAAAAAGAAAAUGUACAGUUCCAUUUUGGUGGUUGGAGGAGGUCUAAUGUUCCAUGGGGCUCAAGAAUUUUUACAACACAGAAUUCUGAACAAGAUGCCACCAUCUUUUCGCAGAAUAGUAGAGAAUGUUGAAGUUAUCACAAGGCCAAAGGACAUGGAUCCACGUUUAAUAGCAUGGAAAGGUGGUGCUGUUCUGGCUUGUCUGGAUACCACGCAGGAGCUAUGGAUACACCAACGAGAGUGGCAGCGGUUUGGAGUACGCAUGUUACGGGAGAGAGCACCAUUUGUUUGGUGAAAUGUCCUAUCCACAAUAACCCUUGUUAAUAAAAGCCGAAGGCUGACCUUUCUGAAAGCAUAAAGGUUUAUUAAUAUUGAUUUUUAAAAAAUAAAUACAUGUUGUCCUUUUUUGAAAAAAGUAAUAGUUCUAGAAUUAUUUCAGAAAUGGUUAAAUAAUCUGAUAUAUGUACGAUUUUUUAAAUAUUCAAAAGUAAAAGUUUAUUCAAAUCCAUGUCAUGGCUGCAAAACCAUGUUUGUA